AUGGCGUUUGAUAGUGCGAACCUCCAGCGAUGGAGUUUUCUAUUGGUCAGUCUUGUGUGGUGGACAGAGCAAAGUGUAACAGCGCUCGAGUUGGGUCAAGACUGUACAAAUCCGUUAGGAAAAGCGGGCAAGUGUAUCCACUUCCGAGAAUGUCAACCGCUAGUUAACAUCUACAAUAAUCCGAUUAGCACGCCACAGGAAUCAGAGUUUCUCUCGCAAAGCCGGUGUGGUAUGUUACACCUAAAUUCAUUGGUAUGUUGUGCAGCAUCCACCCAGAUUUCUUCACUACCAAAACUUCCACAUUGCGGUCUACAAAUGUCCAACCGUGUUAUUGGCGGACAGCCUACGGACAUCGAUGAGUUUCCGUGGACGGCAUUGAUCCAGUUUCAAAAGCCAGACGGAAGCUUCGAAUUCGGAGGCGGAGGAUCACUUAUCAACGAAUGGUAUGUUGUUACUGCUGCUCAUUGCAUCGAAUCGAUUGCUCCUGGUUGGAAGGUGCAUCGUAUACGCCUUGGCGAGUGGGAUUUGUCGACGGCCAAUGAUUGUCAGAAUGACUUCUGCUCCAAAGCACCGAUCGAUCUGGACAUUGAGAAGAUUGUUGUCCACAGCAAUUUUACCAUGAGAUUUAAUAGAAAUGCCAACGAUAUUGCGUUGAUUCGUUUCACUCGUUCGAUUAAGUACUCGGAAACAGUACGACCUAUUUGUCUACCGUUGAGCGCAUCACUUCGCAAUCUUAACCACGUUGGAAUGCCAAGUUUUGCUGCUGGUUUCGGUAAAAUGGGAAAUGGCGUGACGAGUGAGGUGAAGCUGAAGGUUGAGUUGAUCAUCACAAACUUGCAGGAUUGUAAAUCAAUUUAUGAAUGGCAGGGUUUUUCGCAAAAAUCGACACACAUGUGUGCCGGUGGUGAGGGUGGUAAGGACACGUGCAUCGGUGAUUCGGGCGGUCCUCUGAUGCGUCAGAUUGCUGGUGCAUGGUAUCUGAUCGGUGUGGUCAGCUAUGGACCUAGAGAAUGCGGCAUGCCUGGUGUACCAGGUGUAUAUACGAACGUGGCAGAGUUUAUUGAUUGGAUACGGGAUAAUGUCUACUAG